GAUACAUUUUUAUCAUAGCAUAGUAUAUAGAAUAACGCAAAGCAGCCAUGACAACAAUGUCACCAACAGAAAACAAAACCUGUCCGGAACACUCCACUGUAUGCGAAGGUUUGUCCUGCUUGAUGCCCCCUGACAACUUCAACAAGAUACUUGGCACCGUCUUGAGUGCCUCUAUCACAUCACUGUUGGCACUGGUCAUGUUUUCCUUGGGCUGCAGUGUGCAACUUAAGAAAUUUUGGAGUCAUAUCAGAUAUCCAUGGGGUAUCACAGUAGGCUUUCUCUGUCAGUUUGGAAUCAUGCCAAUUGUAGGUUUUAUACUAGCACUUGCAUUCAAUGUCUUGCCAGUGCAAGCUGUGGUGGUGCUUAUCAUGGGAUGUUGCCCAGGAGGAACCGGCUCCAAUAUCUUGACAUACUGGGUAGAUGGAGACAUGGAUUUAAGUUUAAGUAUGACCACCUGCUCUACAUUGUUUGCUCUGGGCAUGAUGCCCUUAUGUAUCUUUUUGUACUCAAAAAAAUGGGUUGACUCAGAUGCCAUCGUUAUACCUUAUGACACCAUUGGCAUCUCAUUGGCGACAUUGGUUAUUCCUGUUGCAGUUGGAAUGUUUGUUAACUAUAAGUGGCCAAAGCAGGCAAAGAAAAUUCUAAGGGUGGGAUCUAUUACUGGAGCUAUUCUCAUUGUUACUGUUGCUGUGAUUGGUGGAGUACUAUACAAGGGAUCUUGGGUCAUUGAUCCCAAGCUGUGGAUUAUUGGGACUAUUUUCCCCGCCAUAGGUUUAAGCAUUGGUUUUGGCUUGGCAAUUAUGUCUAAUUUGUCAUGGAGCAGGUGUCGCACUGUGGCAUUGGAGACUGGACUGCAGAACACUCAGUUAUGUUCUACCAUUGUACAACUAUCAUUUCCACCUGAGCAGCUGGCUGUGGUAUUUACUUUCCCCCUUAUAUACAGCAUUUUCCAGAUCUUAAUAGCCGUUUUAUUCUUACUAGCAUACCAACUAUAUAAAAGGUCAUGUGGAAAAAAAGAAGCGGUAGAAGAAACUAGUUCACCCUACGCACAAUCAAAUGGAGGAUUUGAUCUAGAUGAGAAAGAGAAGAACUGA